CUUAGAAAUUCCACACAAUAAUACAUUACAACUCUAGACACAAAAAAAUCCCCCAACUAACUCCACUCCGUCUCUCUCCUCCACCACCACAAACACCGUCGGUCAGCACAGUGGAGACGGAGGAAGUAGGUUCCGGCCGGCGUUACUUCUUCCACAGAUACUUAACAGCAAACCACCACCGCCGUUAACCAAAACUAUGACCUCUGGUACCACCAUUACCACAACCAACAACCCAAACCACCACAACAACCACCACUACUAUCCAUACUCCGCCACCACUGGCUCCUCCUCCGCCUCUCUCAAAGGCUGCUGCUGCUGCCUCUUACUCCUCUUCUCCUUCCUCGCUCUCCUCGCCCUCGCCCUCGUCCUCGUCAUCUUCCUCGCCGUUAAACCCAGAAAACCUCACUUCACUCUCCAACAAGUCGGCAUCCAGUACAUCAACCUCGCCGCCACACCUACCCCUUUCUCCGCCACUACUCCGCCCUUCGCCGCUGUCAAUUCCGCCCCCGGCGCCUCGCUCUCGCUCGCUAUUCGCAUGAUAUUUACCGCAAAGAACGACAACAAGGUAGGGAUCAAGUACGACGAGUCCACGUUUACUAUCAUGUACCGCGGGAUUCCGUUAGGUAGGGGUGUGGUCCCGGGGUUUUACCAGCCGUCACAUAGCGUACGGCUGGUGCAGACGACGGUGUUGGUGGAUCGGGUGAAUUUGAUGCAGGCGGAUGCUGAUGAGUUGUUGAAAGAUGCUGCGAUUAAUGAUCGGGUUGAGCUUCGGAUCUUGGGUGAUGUACGGGCUAAGAUUCGUAUCCUUGGGUUAACUUCACCCGCCGUGCAGACGAUAUGGCUGAGUCAUCAGGUGCUGCAGCCCGUAGACGUCAGGGUCAGGGUCAGGGACGUGGACAAGAGGAGGAUGAGAUUUUACUCGAUUUUACUGAGGUGGCGAAGUUUGUUCGCAACAUCCCCUGAGAUACGGCUGCCUACAGGUUUUUGGGCAGAUUACGGAAGAUGGAGCUGGAUAAGCCCCGGACCAUUGAUAUUGAGUUUUUGACUGAGAUUGGAUCAAUCGGUCUGGUCCGGGAGUUCAUGCCAGCUAACUCCCCGUGGGACCGUUUAUUUGAUGCCGCCGCAGAGCGGGCCCACGUGGAGAUUACUCUAGAGUUUUUAUGUACUUUUACAUCUACGGACACCCGGGGUGGGGGGUUUAGAGCAUUUUUUGACGACACACACGAUAUCUUUUACCCUUUGCGGGAAGGGUCGCCGGAUGACACUUCCCGAGUUCGCUGUUGCCUUGGGUCUGUACUCACAAGAGUACUCAGAGUCCCAUGCAUUUUUGGAUGCGCCCAUCAGCACGUCUACUGACGUGCUGUGGACUUGGUGGCACACUGUUGGGUCUGGAGAGUUCGCGAUCCCCGAAGGCGCGGGCGAGUCGCCUUUACGACCCGUUACACCGAUACCUACAUCGAUGUAUCGCCGGUUGUCAUGAUAGCAGGGAGUGGGUCACCCAAAGUGACCUAUUCUAAUUGCACUACUUACUUACCGGCGCGGGGGGGGGGGCAACUUGGCGUACAAGUUGGCUGCAUACUUCACCUAGUACGCUUUUAAGCGUAUCUCUACCCACAUCAGCUGUGGGGGCUUCGUCACCCAUCUGGCGAAGCAUUGCCCUCACGUCUUGUCCCCGCAGGUGGCGAAGGCUAUGACCGUAUCACUCC